AUGGCGGACGACGGGCGGUUCAGGGAGCGCGGUUUGGCGGGGGGAAAGGGUCACAAGAAUCCAGUCAAGGGACUGUUCAAAGGUGGCAAGAAACUGAUAACAGGAAGGAAGAGCCACAAUGAGUCCAAGGGCCGGGCACAGACUCCAGUGGAGCGGCACAUGAAGGACACGUUGCUGGGGAUGGGGUCAUCAAGUGACAAGUUUGCCCGGCAUGGUGGUCCAGGAAUGGGGUACUAUGGGGCGCAUGUCCCCUUUGAGGUGCAGGAACAACUAAGGAAGGAGGAGCAAGCGAAACAGCAAUCUAUGCGGGACCAACAACGUGUGAGCUCAUCUUCACCGUCGCCCUCUCAAAAGCCCAGGUUUAUCAGACUGAAAAACGGCAACAUGAUCAAGAUGCCGAACAGCUUCUCUGGAGGGCACCACUCAGAUGAUGACAGCAUGGUAGAAGCGAUGGAGGCAUCAAGAGCCACACUGUCCAGUGACAACCUCUUGCGUGAGGCACUCAGCCUGCGAUUGGACCUUGAGCAGGAGCUCGAGAGCAACUUGGCAACUAAGGAGAAGUUGGUGCGGAGCCGAAGGCGCAUGGACCAGGAGAUGCAGAGCCUUGGGCAGUCAGAAAUGUUUGAAAAGAGUGUCUUGGAAUAUUCGACAAGACAUAGACAGCUGGAGAGACAACUGAAGGAGGCGGAGGUGAGCAUCAAACCGCUGCAGACAGCAAUCUCCGAUCUUCGCCAGGUGGAAAAGUUCAUAAGAGAUCAACACCUUGGGAAUGAGGAAGCAGCCAUCGUCUUUCAAGACAUCAUGAAGAAGAUGUUUGAGGAUCUUAACCUCACCGAAACACCACCCAAUGGAAUCAAAUCUGCCAACUCUCUACCAAAGAAUGUCAUGGCGGAGUUGAAGGAACGUUUGGAGUCAGGGAGUUUUGGGCGCCAGCCCUCUCUAUCAAGCAGCAGCAGCAGCGAUACACAGGCCUGGGUUGCGUUUGGGGAUGAACAGCAGAGCUCGGCUUCGGCACCCAGGGGCCCGGCAAUCCAACGGCCAAGGAUUGGUUCUGGACCCAAUGUGCAGGGUGCCUGGGACAAACUGAACCAAUUGAAGACCAUCUCUUGCAAGGGUACCAUAACCAGUCGACGACCGCAGGGGGCCCAGGGCCUCGAGUUUCCAAACCUGGCAGCCUCUGGUGCCUUCAAAGACCCACAGCUGCCUGGGUACCAUCCCUCCACAACUGCCUCUUCAUCAAGCGGAAGGUCGUCAAGGGCAGAGGGCACCGGCAGCAUCAUGGCUGUUGAUGACAUGAGGCAGUGGGAGAACGAUCCGAUGGUUGUGCAGAGCAGAGGCACUGGGAUGCGGACGCCCACGCCUGGACCUGGCCUUUUCUCCAGCGCAAGUGUGUCGUCCCUGUCAUCUAUGGACAAUGCGGGGCCUUCAGCUAGUUCAUCGUUUGAUGGCAGCCGCAGGGGAUCCCAGGGGCUGCCACAGUCUGUCAAACCAGCAGGCUCAUGGAUGCAGUUUGGAGACGAUGACGACGUGAAGGGCAAUGGUCUGUUCACAGGCUCAUCACAGGGGGCCACACCCAGCACUGCAUCACAGCCCAGAGCAAUGCAGAAGCCAGGCACUGCGAUGCCAAGCCCUGCCACAGCUCAGGGCGUGGCAGGGCCUGUAAAACCUGGCUCAGAUGGGCUCAGCAAUGUGGCAACUUUCGAAGUCGACUUCCCUCCUGUGCCAACUGCAUCAGGCAGACAGGGUGCUGGCGCAAGUGCAGCAGCUGCUGCAGGUUUUGAAGCUGAAUGGGAUGCGUUCAGCGAGUUGGCUGGCUCUCCAGUCAGGGGCCGAUCAACAGGUUCAAGGGGGCAGUCGAUGGGUGGAAUGUCGGACUACUCGCAGACUGGUGGUGAUGCCGAGCCUGUUGCACCAACUGGUACUGUCAGCGGUGUUGUGGACAGUGCUGUGAAAGGACCAGAUUCAGGAAGUUCUGCCUCGAAGGAGCCAGCAGUGGGGGAUGCUGUUGAGCAAGCACAGCUAGCAGAUGCAACUGUGGCCCAAGGAGAGCAAAUCUUGCCAAAGUCCAAUCAACUUCGGAUUGAGGGAACUGAAAUGCAGGUUGAGGAGGGCGCAGAUGAGGAGCAGGAGGAAUCGACCAGCAGCAUGGCCAGUGCGCUGAAGCUGGUGAAACUGAAGAAGAAUGCGGCAGGCGCUGAAAGCCUGUCUGGAGGAGAUGAGAUGCAGCCAGCGUUUGACAUCGGGAACAUGGAUAUUGACACCAUUGUGUCGGCCAUGGGUGGGGGCGAUGCAAAGCAAGAGGUGAAACCAGCAUCGGCGGAUGCAUCGCAACCAGAGAAGGCACCACCCCCGCCUCCACCACCGAAGAAGAAGCCACCCCCACCUCCACCGCCUCCACCAGGGAAAGGCGGCAAGGGUGCACCUCCCCCCCCGCCACCUCCCCCUGGCAAGAAGGGUGGUAAGGCUCCAGUGCCCCCACCACCUCCUGGUGGCAGGCGUGCCAAAGGAGACAGUGAUGUAAAGAGGCAGCCACAGGUGAUUGAGAUGUUCCAGGAGGUGCGGCGGGCUCUACUGUCGAAUGCCCAGAGGGCAGGCGGACCACUGAAGAAGCUUGGAGGCGGUGGCACAGUGGACCCGGCACAGAUGUUUGCUGAGAUCGCAUCGAAGGGCACAUACCAGGCCCAGGUCCAGGCAGACAUCGUCAAGUAUGCCGACGUCAUCGAGGAGCUGAUCAGCGAGGUUAGGAAGUUCAAGGCAAGGGACAUGGAGCACCUCGCCGAGUUCGUCACCGGUGUGGACAAGGUGCUCGACGAGCUGUCGGAUGAGACAGCUGUCCUGCGCAAGUUCGACUGGCCAGCCUCAAGGUUCGACACGUUCCGGGAGACAGUUGCGCUGGACAAGGAACUGACGGAGAAGAAGAAUAAGUUCAAACAAUGGCAGAGGGGGAAGGGCAAACGAGCUGACAACCUCAAAGAGAUUCAGAAAUACAUGGAGAAAGUGCAAGACAGGAUGGACAUUCUGAACAGGACCAAGGAGGCUGAUGAGGCAAGGUUCAAGAGCCAUGAUGUCCCGUGGAAUAAGAAACUGAUGACGGAAGUGAAGCAUGCCUCUUUGCAUGCGAUGGAUUUAUAUAUGCAAAUUGCGCUCGAUGAGGCAAACGAGACCAUGGAAUCGUCCCUUGCGGACAAGAAGAAGAGGGACAAGGCUCUGGCCGUCCUGACAGCGACGAUCAAGUUCGCAUUCAAGGUGCAUCAAUGCGUCGGAGGCUUCACCGAGAGCUGCUCGGCGAAGUUCGGAGAGGUCAGUUCCAUGACAAGGCAAUUGACCGCUGAGAAGAAGGCAGAGGAGGAGGCCUGA